AAUAUUGUCUGUUACUUUUACACCGUUAUUGCCACCAUCUUUUCUCUCUCUUCUUUACCCUCCAUGAAUGAGCUGAACAACAUAACUCCACUCCCCAAUACUCACAAAGAGUCAACACCACCAAAAACCUCAUAAAAAAAUUAAUUUUUGGCACAAACAUUUAUGCAAAAUGGCUUCUUUUGACUCUAUGAAUUGCUAGUUCACAUUCUAGAAAAUGAUGUUUUUGUUUUCUUUGAAUUUAAAAUUCUAUUAAUUUGUUUGUAUCUGAGGUGGGGUUUUCAGUUAUAGCAUCAACCUGCCUGUUGAUGUUACAAAAUCCAAGAUAUCAUUCUCUUUUUCUUCUUUUCUACCUGAAAAAAUAGUAUUUUUUUAUCUGCUACCCCCUUCAAGAGUUUUUCUUCUGGUUUAUGUUCUGUUUGUUCAUUAUUGAUUUGGGUUUCUCAGUCUUGGAGCUCCUUUGAAUGAAAAAGGUGACAUCUUUACCCUUCUGCUGAUGUUUCUUUUGAUGGGUAUUUCAUAUAUUGUGCUUCUGUGGUGAUUAAAUAGUUGUUGUUUGUGUUACUGUUCAUUUUCAAGAACUGCUGGUUUUAGUUUAAGGUCUAAUUUUGUGUUCUUUUGGGAUUUGAAUGAUGAUGGAAGGUUUUGGAUUGUUAGUGAAGAGUUUGAUAAUAUUGGUGUUGGGAGUUCUGUGUGUUUCUGGUUUUGAACCUGCUGAUAAUUUCUUAGUAGAUUGUGGAUCAUCUAAAGAUACUAAUGUUGGCAAUAGGGUCUUUAUGGCUGAUAAAUCAGCUUCAAAGUUUUUGUCAACUUCAAAAGAUAUAUUGGCUGAUACCCCUUCAAAUUCAAUUACAAAAGCUAAUGAUUCACCCCUUUAUCAAACUGCUAGAAUUUUUACUCAACAAUCCAGCUAUAAAUUCCCAAUUAGCCUGAAGGGGAGGCAUUGGAUUCGCCUUUAUUUUUACCCGUUUGUUUACCAAAUUUAUGAUAUGCGCACUGCAAUGUUCUCUGUUUCCACUCAAAAUAAUGUUCUUCUUGGCAAUUUCUCUCCAAAAAAUGCUUCUGUCAAGGAAUUUUCAGUAAAUGUUACCUCGAAUGACCUUGUAGUAACGUUCUCUCCUUCGAGCAAUUCAUUUGCUUAUAUAAAUGCUAUGGAGAUUGUCUCUGUACCUGAUGUCCUUAUAACUGAUGAUGCCUCCACCAUUAGUCCAGCUGGGACAUUCCGUGGUAUGUAUGCACAGGCUCUCGAAACGGUUGCUAGGGUAAACAUGGGUGGAUCGUUGGUGUCGUUUGAUAAUGAUACACUUUGGAGAACUUGGGUUACUGAUCAAAGUUUCUUGAUCCAGCCGAGUUCAGCUAAGUCGGUUAGUAAGAUUGGAUCCGUAAAAUAUCCAGCAGAUGGAGCAACACCAGAUUUUGCACCACCGUCAGUUUAUGGUACUUGUAGUGAGAUGAACGUGGCUGGUGCUGGUGAUGAUUCUAAUGCCAAUUUUAACGUGACCUGGACGUUUAAUGUGGAUCCUGGGUUCCAAUAUUUCAUUCGCUUACACUUCUGUGACAUAGUGAGUAUAGCUGCCAAUCAGCUGCUGUUUAACAUUUAUGUGAACUCCUGGAACGUGGCUUCUGAUUUUGAUCCUGGUCAGAAAGUUCAGGGAAUUUUGGCCACAGCUUAUUACAAUGACUAUGUUACUCCAACCGCUAAAAGUAAUAGGCUUAACGUUAGUGUGGGCCCAUCACGAAGGAGUGCUUAUCCUAAUGCUUUCCUAAAUGGACUGGAACUUCUGAAGUUGAAUAAUUCUCAGGGCAGCCUUAGUCAGGUAGGUUCUGUUCCUACUAACCCGAGUUCAAAGGCAAAGAAGAAUGUCGGAGUCAUCGUGGGUGUGUGUAUAGGUGUCCCAGUUUUGUUGGUGAUGGUUGGCAUCUUAUUUUGCAUGCAUAGAAGAAGAAAACAAGAAAAGUUAGCCCAGUCAAAAAUAUGGAUUCCUUUAUCUAUGAAUGGUGGCACUUCACACACCAUGGGAAGCAAGUAUUCAAACGGAACAACCAUAAGUGCUGCUUCAAACAUGAGUUAUCGCGUUCCUUUUGCAGCUUUGCUGGAAGCAACAAGCAACUUCGAUGAGAGUUUGGUCAUUGGAAUAGGUGGCUUUGGGAAGGUAUACAAGGGUGUUUUGUAUGAUGGUACAAAGGUGGCUGUGAAAAGGGGUAAUCCCAAGUCCCAACAAGGUCUUGCAGAGUUCCGAACGGAAAUCGAGAUGCUUUCUCAGUUCCGCCAUCGGCAUCUGGUUUCAUUGAUGGGAUACUGUGAUGAAAAAAAUGAAAUGAUUCUAGUUUAUGAGUAUAUGGAGAAUGGGACCCUCAAGAGCCAUCUGUAUGGGUCAGAUCUACCCAGUAUGAGCUGGAAGCAGAGGCUGGAGAUAUGCAUCGGGUCGGCCAGAGGUCUGCACUACCUUCAUACUGGCUAUGCUAAGGCAGUAAUACAUCGUGAUGUCAAGUCCGCAAACAUACUGCUUGAUGAGAGUUUUAUGGCAAAAGUUGCUGAUUUUGGACUAUCCAAGACAGGGCCUGAGCUUGAUCAAACUCAUGUUAGCACAGCCGUGAAAGGAAGUUUUGGCUACCUAGAUCCUGAAUAUUUUAGAAGGCAACAACUGACAGAAAAAUCUGAUGUUUAUUCUUUCGGUGUUGUUUUAUUUGAAGUUCUUUGUGCUAGGCCUGUCAUAGAUCCAUCUCUUCCGAGAGAGAUGGUCAACUUAGCUGAAUGGGCAAUGAAGUGGCAGAAGAUGGGACAACUGGAACAAAUAAUAGAUUCCAAUCUUGAGGGCAAAAUAAGACCAGAUUCCCUCAGGAAGUUUGGUGAAACAGCAGAGAAAUGCUUAGCUGAUUUUGGUGUAGACAGGCCAUCAAUGGGCGAUGUGCUGUGGAAUCUGGAGUAUGCACUUCAACUUCAAGAAGCUGUCAUUCAAGAUGAUCCUGAAGAAAACAGCACCAUCCUUAUUGGCGAGCUCUCUCCACAAGUCGAUGAUUUCAGUCAAGUUGAUCCCGGUGCUUCUGCUGCUCAUAGCGGAACACCAAAUGUGGAUGAUCUCUCUGGUGUUUCCAUGAGUAGAGUUUUCUCACAAUUGGUCAAGUCUGAGGGUAGAUAAUUAAGUAAAAAGAUGAAGGUAGGGAGAUAUGUCAGUUCAUUGGCUAAAUUGAACUUAUGCACUAUGAGGCCCGGGUCAUUGGUCUAGUGGUAAGAAUGCAAUCAAAAGUCUGGUACUUAAGUGGAGAAGGGCGGGAUCAUUAUCCAUGAGUUAUGGACCGUAUCACUGGGGCCUUGAGGAUUUCUCAGUUAUUAAAGUCAGCUUCUGUGAGAUGGAGUUUCUGUGGCUCCUCUUCAACAUCACCUUACAAUUUUCUAUGAGGUAAGUAUGGUCUUGCUUAAAUAUGUUCUUUUUCUUUAUAGAAUCUUUUAUCAUCAUAUAUUCUUUUAUCAUCAUAUAUUUUCUUGUCACUCUAUUUUGACAAGAAAGAAUAUAUUUCACUAAUUUCUAUGGAAAAAGAUGUCAAAGACAGAUUAACUGAACUAGUAUCGAAAACCUUUUAUAUAUAUAUAUACUUCAGAGACUGGUUGCUGAACCAUCAACAUCUUCAAGAUCAGAUGACAUUCUUCAGAGAUUACUUACUGGUGUUUUACAUGCCAAGGAUGAUAAAGCCCGUAAAGAGAUGAAAAAAGUGAUAUCUCGUUUGCUAAGAGAAAACACUAGCAAUAGUAGCAGUCAUGAAAGUAAUCUUGAUAUCUCAAGGGAUACUCUCUAUCAUUUUUGUCAUAGAUGCCUCACUUCGCUAAUACUUAGCUUGUCUGAAGCUACAUCCGUGGAUGACAACAGGCAGCAGGACCGAGGGGUUCUAAUGGGUGAGAUUGCUCGUGAAGCAGACAAUCUGCAGUGGCUAGUUGAUAUCCUAAUCGACAGGAAAAUGGGGGAUGAGUUUGUGAAACUAUGGGCAGAACAAAAAGAACUUUCCAUUCUUCACUCCAAGAUUCUCACCAUGUAUCGACAUGAAAUCAGCAAGAUCACCGCACAACUUUGCAUUGCAAUUGGUAGGGGAAAUUUGUUAGUGCCAAAAGAUGUUAGAUACUGUUUGUUAUCGACAUGGCUGGAAAGUCUCUAUGACGAUUUUGGGUGGAUGAAGAGGGCUGGUAGAUCUAUUGACAAGAAGCUGGUAGAAGAGUGACUUGGUCAGACUAUUCUAACACUACCCUUGGCUCAACAACAAACCAUUCUGCUUAACUGGUUCGAUCGAUUCCUUAACAAAGGAGAUGACUGUCCCAAUAUUCAGAGAGCUUUCGAAGUUUGGUGGAGAAGGUCAUUUGUUAAACAAUACACAGUCGAUUCUCAGUUACAAUUAGCUAUCUUUUAUUAUACAGAGUGAGAAGGAGAGAUUGUACAAUGUCAAUCUUGGUUUGUUACAUGCUCCUAUACACCAAAGUAUAUAUGAAAAUGCAUGCCCCCACCAUUUUUUUAAACAA